CUUUUAUUUUUAAAGUUCUGCUCUCUCAUAUGAAUAGCACUUACAGAAAAGAUUAUGACAGUAGAUGUCAUAGAUGUCAUAAUCUAAAUGUCAACUUGCUAAAAUUUGCAAAAACAGAUGCAUCACAUUGCAUGCAAACACCCCCACGUCUACACACCUUUUGAUUCUGCUCUGACCACAAAGUAACGCGCACUGAAAAACAGUUAUUUCCUCAUUGCUCUUACACUUGACAUUGUUGGAUGUCUGAGGCAACACAUUGACUUUUGGCUGAGAGAAAGGUCUGCAAGAUGGAUGUUUGCAGAUAUUUGACUGUGUAUCACUUCCUGGCGUUCACCUUUUUCAAAGUAGCAGCUUGCUCUGAGGUGUCCAUUAUUGGAGGCAAAGAUGUCAAAAAACUUCAAUCGUGGAUGGUGUCCAUUCAGAAGGACCAGAUCCAUGUGUGUGGGGGAAUCCUCAUUCAAAACCAAUGGGUUUUAACUUCAGCACAAUGCGAAGAAAAACCCAUUACAUCUGUGACGGUUCUCAUUGGAUCUCUGUCUCUGAGUAAAGCGAGUAAAGGCUCUCAGCGCGUUGACAUCCUCAGUUAUGCGAAACCUCAAACAUUCAAUGCAAGGACUAAACAAGAUGACAUUAUGCUCAUUAAGCUAAAAAAAAAAGUGAAAGCCAAACCCAAAAAAAUCCCUAAAAAGGAACAAGAUGUUCCACCUGGAACAAAAUGUGUUGUGACAGGUUGGGGAACUACUAAUUCUAAUGUCAUGGAACCUUCUGAUAAACUGCAAAUGUUAGAGGUGACAGUUGUGGACAGAAAUCAGUGCAGCCGAGACUACAAGAGUGAUAUUGUGAUCACCAAAGACAUGAUGUGUGCAGGAAACAAGCAGGAAAAGAGUGGCACCUGUUGGGGAGAUUCCGGUGGACCUCUGGAAUGUAAGAAAAACAUGGUUGGAAUAGUAUCAGGGUCGAGAGGAUGCGCUAAUCCCAAGAAACCAACUGUGUACACAUUUCUCUCCAAAAAACAUAUCUCCUGGAUCAAUAGCAUACUGAAAAAACAAUUCAACAGCACAACUUUUUAAGAACUUAAACAUUUCCAGCAUAUAUACUGUUGUUUGUAGUUCAGAUUGCUGUAACUUUUAAAAUGUUAUGCUUUUGGAAUUAGGGUUAAAUAAAGCAAUACCAAACUUUUUCACUUUUUUUUUUUUUUAAUUAACAAAUAAAGCAAAACAGAGCUAAAUCAUG